AUGCAGGAAGCCAACAACGAUUCCAGCAAAACGGCCAGCUGUUCGUCAUCUGUAAGCGCCGGUGAUAUGGCCCAUCAGGCAGCCGCCAGUGAUGAUGGCCAGAGCCCCCAAAACUUGCCCGUCGAUGAUUUGCCCAAAUUCAGCGACGAGGAGGAGCUGAGGCAAUUCCGAGCGAUGGCUGUUUGCGGUAAACUAAGAGGCAGGCUGCCCGAUGGCUUUUUGUCGCAGUUUCGCGACCUGCCCAAUGAGCUGAUCGUCAAAAUUUGGUAA